CGACAGAACGCACCGUUACCGUUCUCUCACCUGUUGUAGAAGGCAGUAGCAAGACCUACGAGUACGGUCCCAAAUAAUAUUGGCUUUGUAAGGCGCUUGCGAGCGGACAGUCGACUCUGAUUCAUGACCUUGGCGGACUGCAAGCAACGCAGAGUUGACUGCAACGGAUCAAAUAAUCGAGAGUUUAUGAAGCUCCUGCGAACUUCACCAUUUCACAACGCAAAUUCUUCAACCUGCCUGUUCUGCUGACCUCCCCAAAGUUGCUUUCAUACACGCGCAAGAAACGCACGUACCAUUCCACUUCCUGUCAGUGGAAAAUAGUUUCUUCAUUCCUUUUGCGGAUACAUUUAUUAAAAAAAGAACCCCAACUGAAGUAGCUUGCAUUGUAUAUCACUAAGGUUUUUAGGACUAUUUGAAAACAAUUAAAAUUACGCCGUUACAAAAAAAAAAAAGGUAUUCUAAAACGGAACUCAAAUCGCUAUUGGCGGCGGAUGUGAUCGGAAGAAUAUCGAGUGAGGACCGGAAAGAAAAACAAAACAAAAUUGGAGGCGCUUUCGUUAUAGAUAGUUUGCGGUCUGUACAUUGUGUUAUACAUUUUACAAGCGUCUAUAAAUAUUCAAAUAGGUAUCUUAGUAUAACUUGCUACUUAGAUAAAUACUUCUGUUUACAUGUAAGGAAUACAAAACCACUGUAUUGUGGUCAGCCAACCUGCCUUGUGUCCAUCGAGCAAGCUAACAUUAGUUAACGAAACUUGCUGAAUCCCUCCUAAUGUCAGGAAGGGGUAGAUUUCCUGGACCGGAUCGGUUCGAAUACCUCCAAGCGUUGGUGACCGAGUUCCAGGACACCGACAGCUCAGAAGCCAGAGAGCAGGUGUUGGCGAAUCUGGCCAACUUCUCGUAUGACCCCCGCAAUAUGGAGGACCUGCUCAGGCUGCAGGUGACAGAGCUCUUCCUGGACAUGCUGACGGAGGAGAGCGAGAACUUGGUGGAGUUUGGGAUCGGGGGUCUGUGUAACCUGAGUGUGGUCCCGGCCUGUCGGGACCAGGUCCUGCAGAGCGACGGCGUCGCCCUGGUGACGGGCUGCCUGUCGAGCCGGCGGGAGGAGACGGUGCUGUCGGCCAUCGGCACGCUGAUGAACCUGGCGACCGCGGCGGCCUGGAGGGACCGCGUCACCGACCCCGCCGUGCUGCACUGCAUGCUGCGCUUCUCCCUGUCCCAGAGCGCCCGGCUGCGCGGCCUGGCCUGCGUCUUCCUGCAGGACUGCUGCUCCCCCGCGCAGGUGGAGCGCGCCCAGAGGGAGCUGCAGGGGAACAGCCAAACCGCCCUGGGCAUCCCCCUGCCCCAGAGCUAACCCGGGACAACCUUCCCCCUGAGCCAGACCUAACCUGGGACACCUUCCCCCUGCCCCA